CUUGCAGCCCCAGCACAGCUUACGACACCAUGGCAGUGCUGCCGCCCACGUACCUCGGCGCGGUCAUCGUGCUCUUCGUGCUCUUCCGACUGCGCCACAUUGUGAGCCUCACGACGUUGCUCAUGCACCGCGUGUCGUACUUUCUGCCGCCGUCCAACGCAGUGCUCGAGGCGCUCAACACGCCGCCGCCGCCCAAGAAGGCCAAGACGCCCAAGCCCGAGAAGACCGCGACCGAGCGCCUCGAGGCCAUGAAGCUGCACAUGACUGCGAUCGAGACAGGGACGCUCUCGCACUGCCUCUACUUUGACUUGCUCGACACGAUGGUGCUGCUGGGCGCCAGCGCCAUGGUGGUCUUUUGGAUCCAGCAAGGUGCCGACGCCUCGGCGCCCGACGCCAGCUACUACGUGCUCGUCGUUGCGCUGUUGCUCAGUGUGCUCUUUCCCGUCCACGUCAAGUUUGGCCAUGGUGUCUUUGGAUCGUACGAAGCGCGGCUCGGGCUCGGCAUCGGCGGCCUCGCACUCGUCGUUGCGUGCUUUUGCAUCUACACGCCUGCAGGUGUCUUUGACUUUGACGUGGACGGGGCGAGCUCGUCGCUCGAGUAUCGCGUUCAGCGUGUGUUCGCGGCGAUCGCUGGCAACGCCACGACACCGGCGCCGCCGACGCGGUCAGUCUCCAUCUACCUUGGCGGCAGCCUCGGGCUUCUCGCGGGUGUCAUUACGUCGACGCAGUUUCUGCCCGCACUUCGCUUUGCGCGCAUGUACCUCGACUUUAUCUCGAGCCGCGCGAUCAGCACGCGCUGGAAGCUCGUGCUCCACCUCAACCAGCUCCUCCCGCUGCUCGUCGCCGCCACGUUUGUUCGACCGUUCUACGCGCCGUUGCUGUCCGGCGCCGUCGUCUGCGACUCGGCCGAUACCACGGUGUUUGCCACGGCACCGCGCGACUGCGGCGAUGCGUGGAUGAAAGAGUCGAUGUUUCGGGACGUUCGCUUGAGCCUCGUUGUCCUCACGGCGCUGGUACGGCUCGCUUGCUUUCGGUCGCACUUGCAGUACUUUCUGCUCGAGCCCAAAGGCAUCAUCACGGGCAUGCUCCUCCAGCGCGGCCGCAUCGACACGUCCGCGCUCGUCGACAAACUCGUGGUUCCGUUCUCGUACAUUCCGGUGGUGGCGCUGCAGUACCUCGCGCCGUGCCUCACCUACGUCUCGGCGGCCAUGCUGCUCCAGCGCAAGGCCGGGCGGUGCUUUCACUGGAUGGCGUGGCUCGACUUCAUUGGGGUCGACAAAUCGCUGGUGGCAUGCGACGCCGCGACAGCACAUGUGGCCUCGGCGCCAGCGUUUUUUCUGGCCGCCGGCACCGAUUUAGACUUGCGAACGAUCGUGACGGGGCUGCAAAACUAUCCGAUCGCGCUGCCCAUCGUGUUUGAGACCGUCCUUGGCUUUGUGAUCUUUUGGACGGCUUUCUCGUGGUUUGGCGUGUCGGUGACGGGCCUCUUGUACUGGCGCCGCGUCGGCACGCGCCAAGGCAGCGUCGAGCAAGAAGACGUCGUGACCAAGCACAUGAAGCGCAAGCCCAAGACCAUGUAGAGACG